AUGGAGACCAUCAGCAACGCCGCCGCUGCCGCCGCCAAGGCUGUUUGGGGAGAGAACCAGCCCCAGAAGGAGCCCGUCUCUGGAGUCCAGGGUGACACCGCCAAGGGCGAGCCCUACGACGCCGGUAACCUGGAUACCCCUUCCCAGGAAAGGGUAGAGCAAAACUACAACGAGCGCACCCUCGGCCAAGAGGCUUCUGCCCCCAAGACCGCCAGAGUUGAGACACCCUCUGGAGAGGCUGCUGCAUUUGGCGCCCAGUCCAAGGAUGUCCGGGACACCUCCUCUGGCCAGAACGACACUCGCAACCCGGAGCGCGUGGGUCUAGAGAAGGAGAAGAACGCCGACCUCGAGGACGUUGACAACACUUCGGAGGGUAACACCGCUAAGCUGGGCGAGGGCCCCGGUCCCCGCCCUGUUGAGGUCGUCGCCAAGGAGAAGAGGGGCGAUGCCGGCCGAGAAAGACCCCAGGAAGGCUUCUCCGAAGCGCCCCGUGAGAUCGGCUCCGAGGGUGCUGCUACUUCUUCGUCCAAGUCCGAGAACCAGCCCGACCCUGCCCGGGAUGAAUAUGUCCAUGCCACCGGCUUCGCUGCUGACGGCGGAGACUUUGACGCCACCAAGCCUGGCGCUGGACGAGAGGCUGACCGCCUCAUGGAGGAGAAGGGUGCUCACCUUGGCGAGGAGUCCUCUUCCGGCUCACACUCGCAUAAAUCUCACGAGAAGCACUCUCACGAUGACAAGCACAAGGACAAGCCCAGCCUCGGCGAGCGCAUCAAGGCCAAGCUCCACAAGCACUAA